AUGCAAAUGAGUGAGGAGCCAUUUCAGGCUUUCCGCUGCCUUUACCAGAAAGCGGCAGAAGUUGUGUUGGUCACGUCCGCGGAGGUGAGCUACAUCGAAGCCGCGCACCAGAAGAAACACCUAGACGUUUUGGUCGCCUCUCUCGGCCCCGCCGUCCUGCCAACCGAAGGCUACAAGCAGCCAGCGCGCGAGGCGACCCUGCACGUGACCUCGCGCGAUGUCAUUCGCUAUCUGAUUGGAGAGGAGAAGUGCUUGGAGCUAGGGGUUCUGGACCGAGAGGAAGAUGACGACACCCCCGAGAUGUACGGCUUCGUUUUGCUGAACCAGGAAAAGGGAGCUGUCAAGAGGAAACGCACCCACCCGACCCUCGCUGAGAUGGCGACCGCCCUCGAGGCCAGCAAGUACGAUUCGGUCGCCAACAAGAAGCGGUGCGAAGACGUGGCCAAUACCGCGGAGCGGAUAAUGCGCGAGUACCAGACCGAUGUCUCAGAAUACAAUCGCCUCGCCAAGAAGAUCAACGAGUCAGUCAUCGCUCAAUUCGCAGAGAGGUCAGUCCGUCUCAAAGCAGCUUUGCAGAGCGGAUUUCCGUUCGCUCCGUUGUCGAUCAACGGACCGCCGCUGCGGGACCAGGGCGACGAGUUCCGGCGGACCCGCACGCUGUCACCGGAGCCGGACUUCCGGCGAGGCCGCACGCUGUCGCCGGAGCGUGCGGCCGGCUUUGACGUGCGCGCGGAAGUCGCGCGCGCGCCGCCACCACGCGACGCGCGCCCGCGCUUUCGCUCCGCGAGCCCGGUCGCCGCGCCCGUGCGCCGCCCGCCGCCCGGCAGCGCGGAGGAGCGCAUCUGCACGCUGUGGGUCGGUAACAUCUCCCGGCACAUGAGCAGCGAAGAUGACGUGGCAAGGUUCUGCCGGUUCCUGGGCCUGGCGGUCGCUGACGUCAAACUCCUGAAGAAACGGCCGGGCGAGAUUGACGACGGUACGAGCGCGGGGUUUGUGACGCUCGAGAGCGCGGACGCUGUGUUCGACGCUCUGACGCUGUUUGCGCGCGAGCGCGAGCGGUUCCGCGGGAUGCUGAUCCGGCCACGGAUUCCGGAGGCGUUCACGGCGCGCGGGUGGGUGCCCGGGCCGGGGCAGUUUGCGCACUCGAACCGGAGCGUGGCGGAUGGGUUCCGGCUGGAAAACGGACAGAACUCGACCGGUAAAAAAGAAGGCGAGACGAAGGGGAAAGUUCAAUUUGCCAUGGACAAGAAGGAGGAGAGUGCGAACGGACGGACCGCGGCAAUAUUGCAACCGAAGGAAGGCGCGAAGGAGAGGACGUCGAAAGGAAUACUCAAGAAGAAACAGGAGCGGCCGGUGUCAGAGGAUAGCGACGGUAAAGAGAACGUGCCAAAGACGAAGCGGUCAGUGAGCGGAAACGGAAGCGAGCGGAAUGAGGGCGAGACGCGGAAGCGGAAGGAGCGCCCCGACGAUUUUCCAGAGAAGGAACGGGCUCCGUUCAAGAAGCUGCGUCCGGCCAGCCGGAGUCCGGACAAGAAGAGCGGAACGAAGACGCCGCCAAAGAAGCUCAAGCGGACGGAAAAGCCCCUCACAGUGAAAGAUGUUCAAGCGGAUGUGCAGCGCAAGCUGGCAGACAAUGAUUUUAUGCGCGAGUGGAUUCCGAGGUCGAAGGAAGACGCGCGAUUCGCGGAGUAUGUCGUUUGGAUCGGUGGGGAUGGGGUCCAGGAUUGGGAAAGCGAGGCGGCCGCGGUGAAAUUCUUCGGGCGGCUGCCGCGCGCGGGGGGGGAGCGCGGGUUUGCGGUUGCCAUGGCGCUUUGUCUGGGAGGGAAAGUGCUACCUUCGGGUACGCGGACGAAGAAGAGCUUUCUGGUGGAGAUGCGCUCGCGGCGGGAACGGAAAGAAGUGCUGCAAUUGAACGAGGACAAGCACCAUCUGUUUGUGGGGAUGUCGAUGAAGGCGCACCAAGCGGGAAAGAAGGUCGUGCAGAUCAAUACCAAAACGUAG